GGGAGAGAGAGAUUAACAGGGAGUAAGAAGCAGGCGCAGUAGCAGACUCCUAUAUCCGCCAGACGGAGACGGACGGUGCCAGCUGCUAGCUAAGUUAGCACUAGUAGACAGUUAGCAACUAGCUUCAGAGUCCUAGCGCCUUUGUCACAUAUGAGGGACUGAGCAAGUGUGUGCUUGUGUAUGCGUGCGUCUAUGACAGUGUGCGUAACGACGCUUUGAACGCGCCCGCUCGGCCGUCCCGAAGUCACUCCGUGUGUUUGUGUCUAUCCUACCUGAGUUUGUGUACAUAUAAACCCCCUGUCUCCUCUUCCGAGCUGCAGCGUGUCUGUAUUUGUUUGUGUGUUAGCGACUAAAGGAGCAUAAAUACACACUCUGAUAGUCGACAGAGUUACACUCGGUGUCCGGUUACUUGACAGCGGAUUCACAGCAGUUACUGUCACCGUUACAGCACCAGCAUGAUGUUGAGGUACGCUGUCGUUCGGGGAGGGCUCGGCCUGUUGGCCCUUAGGAGGACUUGUGUCGUCUCCCGGUUUGCCCACACUUCCCCUCAAAACGAGUAUCGACCAAUCAAGAAAGUCAUGGUGGCCAACAGAGGUGAGAUCGCCAUCCGUGUAUUCAGAGCCUGCACAGAGCUGGGGAUUCGAACUGUGGCAGUGUACUCUGAGCAAGACACUGGACAAAUGCACAGGCAGAAGGCUGAUGAGGCCUACCUGAUUGGAAAAGGUCUUCCACCUGUCGCAGCGUACCUGCACAUUCCUGACAUCAUCAAAGUAGCCAAGGACAAUAAUGUAGACGCUAUCCACCCAGGCUACGGUUUCCUCUCAGAGCGCUCAGACUUUGCACAGGCCUGCGCUGAUGCAGAUGUAAUGUUUAUAGGACCAACCCCAGAAACUGUCCGCAAGAUGGGAGACAAGGUGGAGGCUCGUUCUUUGGCCAUCAGUGCAGGUGUCCCUGUGGUCCCAGGAACAGAUGCCCCAAUCUCCAGCCUGCAGGAGGCACAGUCGUUUGCACAGACAUAUGGCUUCCCCAUCAUCUUCAAAGCAGCCUAUGGAGGAGGUGGUCGUGGCAUGAGGGUGGUCAGAGAGUACGAGGAACUUGAGGAGAAUUACCAGCGAGCCUACUCUGAAGCCCUGACAGCUUUUGGGAACGGAGCCUUGUUUGUUGAGAAGUUUAUUGAAAAGCCGAGACACAUUGAAGUACAGAUUCUCGGUGAUAAAUAUGGUAAUGUCAUCCACCUCUACGAGAGAGACUGCUCCAUUCAGCGCAGACACCAAAAGGUUGUGGAGAUUGCACCGGCUUUCCAACUGGACCCUCAUCUGAGAGACCGGCUUCAUGCUGACGCCGUCAGCCUUGCCAAACAGGUGGGCUAUGAGAACGCCGGCACCGUGGAGUUCCUGGUGGACAAACAUGGCAAACAUUAUUUCAUCGAAGUCAACUCUCGACUUCAGGUUGAACACACGGUCACCGAAGAAAUCACGGAUGUGGACCUGGUGCACGCCCAGAUACAUGUGUGCGAGGGCCGCAGCCUUCCAGAGCUGAACCUCAAACAGGACAAGAUCCGGGUGAAUGGCUGUGCCAUCCAGUGCAGAGUGACCACUGAAGACCCGGCCAGAGGUUUCCAACCAGACACGGGGAGGAUUGAGGUCUUCCGCAGCGGUGAAGGCAUGGGCAUCCGUCUGGACAGCGCCUCCGCCUUCCAGGGUGCUGUCAUCUCACCUCACUAUGACUCCCUUCUGGUUAAAGUCAUCGCCAGCGGGAAGGACCUGCCCACAGCGGCCUCCAAGAUGAGCCGAGCCCUGGCCGAAUUCAGAGUGCGAGGGGUCAAGACCAACAUCCCAUUCCUCCAGAAUGUGUUCUCCAACCACCAGUUCCUCCACUCCACCGUGGACACCCAGUUUAUCGACGAGAACCCAGACCUGUUCAACCUCAAGCCAACACAGAACAGAGCCCAGAAGCUACUGCACUACCUAGGUCAUGUGAUGGUGAAUGGACCAACCACACCCAUCCCAGUCAAGGCAAAGCCUUCCUCCACAGACCCUGUCAUCCCUCCAGUCACCAUGGGCGACCCUCCUGUUGGUUUUCGUGAUGUGUUGCUGCGUGAUGGUCCUGAGGGGUUCGCUAAGGCUAUCCGCAGCCACCAAGGCCUGCUGCUAAUGGACACCACCUUCAGGGAUGCCCAUCAGUCACUCUUGGCAACAAGGGUUCGCACCCACGACCUUAAGAAGAUCUCACCAUUCGUCAGUCACAACUUCAGCAACCUUUUCAGCCUGGAGAACUGGGGAGGUGCUACCUUUGAUGUGGCCAUGCGCUUCCUGUCAGAGUGUCCAUGGAAGAGACUUCAGGAGCUCAGAGCUUUGAUCCCCAACGUCCCCUUCCAGAUGCUGCUGAGAGGGGCCAAUGCUGUGGGCUACACAAACUACCCCGAUAACGCCGUCUUUAAGUUCUGUGAGGUGGCAAAGGAGAAUGGCAUGGAUAUCUUCCGUGUGUUCGAUUCCCUGAACUACGUGCCAAACAUGCUGCUGGGCAUGGAGGCUGCCGGGGCUGCAGGUGGAGUGGUGGAGGCAGCCAUCUCGUACACGGGCGACGUCUCCGACCCAAUGAGGCAGAAGUACUCUUUGGACUACUAUCUGAAACUGGCAGAUGAGCUUGUCAAAGCCGGGACACAUAUCCUUUGUAUCAAGGACAUGGCUGGCCUGCUAAAACCAGAGGCCAGCAAGCUUCUGAUUGGCGCUCUGAGAGACCGCUUCCCAGAUGUUCCCAUCCACGUGCACACUCAUGACACAGCUGGAGCUGGAGUCGCUGCCAUGCUGGCCUGUGCAGAGGCUGGAGCUGAUGUAGUGGAUGUGGCUGUUGACUCCAUGGCCGGGAUGACCUCUCAGCCCAGCAUGGGAGCCAUCGUGGCCUGCACCAAAGGGACCAAGCUUGACACUGGCAUUGCUCUGGAGAAGGUGUUUGACUACAGUGAAUACUGGGAAGUAGCCAGAGGCCUGUAUGCGCCGUUCGACUGCACAGCCACCAUGAAAUCUGGAAACGCUGACGUCUAUGAGAACGAGAUACCCGGUGGACAGUACACCAACCUUCACUUCCAGGCUCACAGCAUGGGACUGGGAAAUAAGUUCAAGGAAGUGAAGAAGGCCUACACUGAGGCCAACAAACUGCUGGGAGACCUCAUUAAGGUGACUCCCUCGUCUAAGAUCGUGGGUGACUUGGCUCAGUUCAUGGUGCAGAACAGCCUGACCAGGGCUGAAGUGGAGGAGAGAGCAGACGAGCUGUCCUUCCCUCUGUCUGUGGUUGAGUUCCUGCAGGGAUACAUUGGGAUACCACAUGGAGGAUUCCCGGAGCCCUUCAGGUCAACGGUACUCAAGUCCCUUCCCCGUAUUGAGGGUCGUCCCGGCGCCUCUCUGCCCCCGAUGGACUUCAAGGCCCUGGAGGAGGGGCUUCGAGCUGCACAUGGGGAUGACAUCACCCCAGAAGAUGUGAUGUCAGCAGCCAUGUACCCCAAGGUGUUCCAGGAGUUCAAGGAAUUCACUUCCAACUUUGGUCCAGUCGACUGUCUCAGCACCAGACUGUUCCUGGAUGGACCCAAGAUCGCAGAGGAGUUUGAGGUGGAGCUGGAGAGAGGGAAGACGCUGCACAUCAAGGCACUGGCCCUGGGUGACCUGAACAAGGCCGGUCAGAGAGAGGUCUUCUUUGAGCUCAACGGACAGCUGAGAUCUGUGCUGGUUAAAGACACAGUAGCCAUGAAGGAAAUGAAGUUCCAUCCCAAGGCUCAGAAGUCUAUCAAGGGUCAGGUGGGAGCACCCAUGCCUGGAAAAGUCCUAGAGGUCAAAGUGGAAGUGGGAUCAAAGGUGGAGAAGGGUCAGCCGCUGUGCGUCCUCUCAGCCAUGAAAAUGGAGACGGUGGUCAACUCUCCUUUGGCGGGCACUGUCAAGGCGGUCCACGUGUCGAUCGACGCCUCCCUGGAGGGAGACGACCUGAUCCUGGAAAUCGAGGAGUAGAGCGAGAGGGUGGAGGAGGAAGGGAAGGAGGGGUAAUGAGGAGAAAGUAGUGACAAUCUGAUUCUGGACAUGUUGAGGUGGAGGAACAGGGAGAUUUAAAAGCAGGAAUCCUUUUUUCUUCAAGGCUAAUCUCAGCUGUGGCAGUACUGUGGGAAAUGUUUGCUCCAAUUUGUACUCCGGGUGUUCAAUUACACCAGGGACACAAGAUGAAGAGUGGCUCGGUGUAAAAGUUAAAUGAUCUAUUUGAAAUAAGAGAUGAAUUUGAUUGGAUUUCCUUCUUGGAUUGUUCCGCUAAUGAAACUACAUUUAAAUAUUGUGUGAGCAAAUGUGUUCUCUAGGUGUCAGUACAUCUUAAAUGUCCUGUCAAGCUUUGGAAGCGUUAAAGAACAUUAUAUAUCUGACUCAUGCUUCAUUCCAUUACUGACUAGCUAGUCUUAAUUGUGAUGUAAUAGAAACUGAUCUAACCAUGUAUGACACUAACAGGGUUCUAACAUUACUUGCACUUCAACGCCACACUUUCCAUUUCUAUGCUGUUGAUGUUGCCUAAUAUAUUCAGACUUACAUUGAUGACUACUUAAUGUAGUUGUAAUCAGGCAAAGAGGAAUAGACUUGAGGAUGUUUUACCAAAUGCUUUUUUUCAUACUAUUUUUUAUUUCGCGCAUUCUCGCCUUAGCAAUACAUGAUCGGUCUGACGUUAGUCACAGGCAUUCUCAGAAUGUUUUCUUACUGGUUGCAUUACCACACUUUUUUAGGUGAAAAAAAAAUGUAAAAUAGAAACUGUAAACAGGGUUGUAAGAAAGAAGUCACAAUAUUUUAAGUCUUUAUGUAAUCCACAAUAAAGGAAGCACAAAAAAAGUGAGUAGCACCAUUUGGGGUUGAUUGGGACACAAGUUUACCUGCCAAUUUGCACCUAAGUGAAAAAUGUAAUGUGUUACUGUAUCAGUAAUAAGAGUUCUGCACUGGUGUUGAAAAAGUUUCUCUUUUACAUAUACCUUUAAAAUCCCAAAUUUGAAGCACACUGUAGUGACAUUGUUGAAGCUGGAAACAACUAAACAGGAUUAGAGGGGUGGUUUUUACAAAGAGCUGGUGUAAAGCAGCCCUCUUAAAGGGAUAUUUUAAGUUAAGUUGUAUAAGGUGCAUAGCAGUAGAAGUGGCAUUAGCCUGGUUGCUGGUUUUAGACUACACAGUGUAACAGAUGGGUACAGUUUCUCAGUGGAAUUUAGUGAGUUUUUAGUAAAAAUGGGCCACAAAAAAAUAUUAAGUCAAAUGGCACAGUAUUGAAAACUUUCUGGCUAUAAAAUAAAAUACUUCAAAAAAAUUUUGAGAGCGCGCACGCUUGAGCCAACAUUUUUUUGUGGCCCAUUUUUUACCAAAAACUCUUUAAAUUCCGGGAAGAAACUGUACCCAUCUGUUAUAAUGUAUAGCCUAGCUUCCUAGCUGGGGAGUCCUUCUUAAAAAAGCAAUGCUCACUGAAAUCACUGGAAGCUAAUGCCACUGCUACUGCUAGGUACUUUGUACAACUCAACUACAAAAAUACCGAAAUAUCCCUUUAAUCCAUGACUUGCUUUUGGUGGCCCUCCUCUAUCUGUUGCAUCCUUUAACUAAAGCCUUUUUAAUGCCACCUUUAAUGAUGCUGGAAAAGUUGACAUCAGAGCAGCUCCACUCUGUCUUUUCAGCACCAGGCGCAGCUUAGGGUGAACGGUCUUCUGUCUGUUCUGGGAUUUUCGAGCUAGGUGUAAAUGGGAUUACAUGGUGGUGUAAUGGAACCACGUGGUGUUAUUUUCUGAGGCUCUGCUGAUUAAUUUAUGAGUUAAUUCUCUGUCAAAUGAUGUGAAAUUAGCCGGACUAAUAAGAGACUCUGGAGACUUUCAAUAGCAGCACUCGGCUUUAUAGUUCCAGUGUGUGUUUGCAUAAAUGAGUCUAAAUGUUUGAGGGUGUAUGCAAGGAAAUUCACCUAGUGCUGCACCCCCACAGCUGAAAUAACCUAUUCAUGCACACGUAUGCAGAGAUGCAAAAUAUCCACGCUAACACUCCCAGCCUUUGAGUCAAAGAAAACAAACCUAAGCACAUUAUCCAUAAUAACAAUAUCUGAAACAUUUAAAGCAUUGUUUUAACUCACUUUAACACUAUUAGCCUUUAAAUUCCCUGUAGAUUUCUGUGGACACCUUUGAAUGUUGAGUAUCCUGACCACUGAAAGUAGCAGAGAAAUAUUUCUAUUAUAAUAAUAAAGGAUGUUUCACGGUCUUAAAAGCUUACCUGUGCAUCCUCAGCAAACAUCAAUACAAACAAAACUGUACAAUCAGUUUACUUGGCAGGAUUCUUGCCUCCAUUCGUGCUCCAUUAGCUUUUAAACUAUGCAUUGAUACUGGGUAGUGAUGCCAUUUUUAAGUGAGCACUGCUAAGUCAACCACUGCCAUGCCUCAGUGUACCUGCUGGCUUUAUCUUUGUGUAUCUGUUGACAUGAAUGAGAAUAAUUGACAAGCUGUUGCACAAAAAUGUAAAGUUCUGCUUCCCCUGCCUCAUUUUUACAUCCAUCUACCUUUUCAUUAUUUCUCCCUCUCCAUCCCUCUCUCCUUUCUCCAGACUGUAAAUUUGCACAUGAUGACAUCUAAUCAUGCAAUAAUGUAAAGUGCGUUGCAGUAUUUCUCUAUGUCUAAGCCGGUGGUGAUUUUAACAUCAGUGCAUAUGAAAAUAUACAACUGUUCCGUGUCUUUGGGGGGGAGGGGGGAUAAAUUGGAGAAAAGAAAAACACAGCUCAAAAUGUUAUUUGGUUCAGAAAGGGGGGAUGUAUUAUGUUGACCUAUUCUUCAGCUCAUGCUAUCAAGCGGUGAACUGUCUCAGAGAAUGAAAACAGAGUCUGUGACAUUUUCUAUUUUCUUUCUCCUGCAUAUCAUUUUUGUUUUUACUAAACCAACCAGACUUUAUUUGUAUGCCUGCAGUUUCUCCAUGGAAUUUGUAUCCAAAAUGUUAAGCCCACUUUUCUAUUUUCUGACUAACCUGUCUUCUAAAUCUGCAUUUAAUCAUCUAAAUCUACUGAAACAGUUUACAUCGACUCAUUAAGGCUUUAAUCAUGCUUUAGUAGUAGGAGAGAUUGUGAGCUCGAGUACACAAAAAGGGAAACAAAUAGUUUCUAAUAAAGUGAUAAUUGUUCUUGUUCUAUCUGUGCUUUCAAAUAAAGUUAACUCUAACUGAA